UUGCGGUCAGUCAGCAGCUCACUGCUCGCGCGACACGGACUGAUCUACAGAAAUAAAGGGGAGGUUUAGUUAAGAACAGAUCAGUCUUUUAGAUCAGACAACAGCAUGGAAUCAGCAGGUUUUCGUUUGGUUUAAUUAUAGAUUUGGAAACGCAGCGGAGGAAGGACUUCCCGCACUCGUCUCUGGAUAACCGCAGUGUCUCUCUGCGCUGUGAUGGAGGUUUGGGGCUUUAGGGAUGUUGCGCUUUGGAUUUCAUUCCUGACGGGUUUCACGAUGGCUAGUUACUCGGAAGACCAGUGCAGUUGGAGGGGAAGUGGUCUCUCUCAGGCGGUGAAGAACGUGGAGCAGGUUUGGUUGAGGUGUGCGGAGGGCUCUGUGGAGUGGCUGUACCCCGCUGGAGCGCUGCGUCUCACCCUGUCCCCCAGACUGCAGUGGAGCGCCAUGGGUCCCGGCGAGUCCAGCAGGAGCCCGGUGUCGGCCUGCAUCAAGCCGGAUCAGCACUGGGGCGGGGCUCAGCUCUACCUGGAGCGGGACGGGGUCCUGGAGCUUCUGGUGGGAGACGAGACCUCCGAGCCGUCCGGCCCGGCCCAUGUGCGCUGCUUCAGUGCCAUGCCUGGAGAACGACCGGCUCUCUUCCUGCAAGCCACACCUCACCAGGACAUAAGCAGACGCAUCGCCGCAUUUCACUACGAGCUGAGAGGGGAUUGGACAGCACAGCCGUCAGUCAACACGGACCCAAUCAGCAGCGAAGGAGUAUGCAGGCCGUGCAAUAACACUGAGAUCCUGAUGGCUGUGUGCACUAGUGACUUUGUGGUCCGAGGAAACAUCCGUUCAGUGGAUACAGACUCACAUCUGAAAGCGGCAGUGAUCAAAGUGAGCGCGACGCGGGUUUUCCGUCAGAAGUUUGCGCUGUUCCCUGAAUCGGGGCGUCUGACGCGGGCGGGCGAGAUCCGUACGGCUCUGCUGUGUGGCGUUCGGCCCGGCGCGGGCAGCUUCCUGUUUACCGGCCGCGUGCACUUUGGGGAGGCAUGGCUCGGCUGCGCUCCACGCUAUAAAGACUUCCUAAAGGUGUACGAGCAGGCCAAACAAUCUCUGACGAUCCCCUGCACUCUGAUCAACGACUGACGGGAAAACACGCUCAUGUGUGGACCAAACUCGGGAUUCACAGUGUCUGAGAAACUCCUGAACAGAAGAAAGAGAGAGAGCAGCGAAACAGACACUGUGACACUGAAACAACUUAUUAAGAUGGAUCAAGAUGGAUUCUGCCGAAGGGUGUUUGUGCGUCAUGUCUGUCUAAUUCCUCUCAGAUUCGGAGGCCUAAACUGAGCCUCUUUUUAACCUCAGGAAAUCCUGUCUUUGGACGCUUUGAUAUGAGCAUCAUAUCACUGAAAUAUCCAAAGUCCUCAUGAUGUUGAGUCGGUAAAUAAGCUGAACGCAAUGCAUGUAGCACAGUCGUCUUUUGCAGUAUUCGACGCCACAGAAAAACAUUGAUUUGUCAGUCUGUAUAUGAACAGAAAACGUUUUUAAACUGUUGUUGCAUUGAGAGUAUAUAUUUUCAUUUUUCUUCUUUAAAUGUCAAGUCUAUUUUCUAAAUUUGCACUGGUGAAAGAAAGGGAACGAUGGUGAUACCUGGAUGCUGCAAGCACUGAGAACCAAAACCUAUAUGUAGCAUAGCAAAAGAUGUUUUAUAUAAAUAUAUAUUUCUAUAAUAUGGAAUCAGCUAUGGUUUAUAUGCUAACAGGCUGAGGAUAGCAUGCAGCUAACAUGAAGUAAUGAAAACAGACACAAUAGCAAUAGUAUAUUAAUUAUUGGGAUAGCAUGUGCUGAUUACCUCCUGGUUAAGUAGUUAACAUGCUUAACAUCACCACUAGUUUGCCCUUGAUGUUGCUAAUGUUAUAAACGUACUGUCACACGUUCAGAGCACUUUAACUCUGAUGAAAGAUGUUUUUAUUAAUCGCGUUCACACUGACAACGAUUGCAACCGAACUUAUUCUGCAUCUUCACAAAGUUUUACUUUAUGCAAAUGAGCAGUGGCGGAAUAGCCAAUGGGAGUGCAGACAGUCAUGUGAUGCUGAAUAUGUAAUUGCUUUAAUCUGGUGUCAGUGUGAACGCACAUUAACAGGGUAUCCUCACAAAUCUGGAUUUUAUUUGUAGUUUAGAUAAAUGUACAUCCGAUAUAAUCUAUAAAGAGAAUUUAUUGUUCAUAAAAUUACUCUCUCAAAUUUCUCUCUCAUAUUGUGGACUUGUGUACCAAAACAUUAAAAGCUGGACUGCCAACACUGUCCUCCAUCUAAUUCUGGUUAUCUGCUAUUGCUUUUCUCUUUAUUUUGUGCUUCAUAUCUAUUUUUGUCAGCGAUGUACAUGCACUAAACAAUUGAACAGAUCAACCAAACAUUGAGAGCCAGCCGACAUGCAAAACUGCCAUAUUUUAUGUUUGUUAUUAAUGUCUUCAUGAACCAAUGUGAAUGCUGGGUGUAAAAUACAUGUAUAUGUGUGUUUAUGUGGAUAUCGGUGUAUAUAAGAUGUUUUAGAGUUUUAAAACUGGAUGGCGAAAUAUUCUGUUAACAUUCUAGAGUUUGUAUGAAAAAAUAUACAAUUAUAAAGAACAAAAAAUCAUCGGA